AUGGUGGAGCACCGGGGAAUCGUCCGGCUGGUGAAGGGGAGCAAUAUUGUGCGUAUGCUUCCACAGUCACCUUCCGUGGCUCAUCUCUCAAACAUCUCAUUUGAUGUCUCAGCGUGGGAGGUGUAUGCGGCGCUGCUGAACGGCGGCACUGUGGUCUGUAUCGACUACGCCACGAUUUUGGACAGUCAACGGGUCGCUUCUAUCCUCGGUCUGGAGAAGGUCCGCGUGGCCAUGCUUUCACCCGCACUGCUGAAGCAAUACCUGGGUGAUAUACCUGAUACAAUCAGCUCACUUGAUGUGCUUUACGUUGCCGGGGAUCGGUUUGAUAGCCGCGACGCAAUCGAAGCGCGAAGGCUCGUCCCAGGUGGCGUUUACAAUGCCUACGGCCCAACGGAAAACGCCGUUAUUAGCACCAUUCACAACAUCACUGAAUGUGAGGAAUUCACGAAUGGAGUGCCGAUCGGACAUGCUGUCAGCAACUCUGGAGCUUACAUCAUGGACCCACGGCAACAACUCGUCCCGCCCGGGGUGAUGGGAGAGUUGGUUGUCACAGGAGACGGUCUCGCUCGAGGAUACACUGACCCGGCAUUGGACAAGGAUCGCUUUAUAGAUGUCAUCAUCGACGGCCAGGAAGUGAGGGCGUAUCGCACAGGGGAUCGCGCACGCUGCCGGCCGAAGGAUUGUCAAAUAGAGUUCUUCGGGCGCAUGGACCGGCAGAUCAAAAUCCGCGGCCACCGGAUUGAGUUGGCGGAGGUGGAGCAUGCAAUCCUCGGCCAGGAGUCGGUCCGCGACGUGGCCGUGGUGGCGAUGAAGCAAGAUGAUGAGGAGUUUGAGAUGGUCGCUUUUGUGGCGGCUCGGAUACAAGAUCAACUCAUUGAGGACAGCAUGCGAAACCUCCUCCAGACCUUGCUCCCCUCGUACAUGGUGCCGGCCCGGAUUGUGGUGCUGGAGCAACUACCAGUCAAUCCCAAUGGGAAGGUUGACCGCAAGGCACUUGGGAAGAUGACACAGGUCACGCCGAGAAGCAAGCCCAAAUUGGUCUAUGUGGCCCCACGAAACGACCUAGAAGUGGCGUUGUGCCAGGAAUUUGCGAACGUGUUGGGCGUGAAUGUCGGGGUCACUGACAACUUCUUCCAUCUUGGUGGGCACUCCUUGAUGGUGACGAAGCUCGCGACGCGUAUCAGCCGCCGUCUGGAUGUCCCCUUAUCUGUCAAAAAUAUCAUCGACUUCCCCACUGUAGCAGAAUGUGUCUGCCACAUUACCUCUUCCGACGACCAGCGUAAGUUCCUUUCAGGUCCUAACCCUGAAAUAUCUCCAGCAACCACCUUGGAAGACGUGAUCAACGACAUUGAUACUCUCGUCUCUCAACUACCUUCGCCCGACAUCACGCAGUCUCACAACCGAGAUCAACCUCCUCGGGCAAUAUUCUUGACUGGCGGCACAGGUUAUCUUGGUACGACGCUGCUUCAUCAAUUACUGCAGGAUGAUCACGUUCGGAUGGUUACUGUCCUCGUACGAGCGCCUUCUGUUGACCAUGCUCGGCUCCGUAUCAUCAGCUCAGCAACGGUUGCAGGAUGGUGGCAACACGAAUAUGAGGAUCGUGUCAGAUACUGGCUUGGUGACCUGCAACUGCCUCAUCUUGGCUUGUCUGAUUUACAAUGGCUCGAGCUAUCUGGAGCUGGUGGACCGAACACAUCCAUUGAUGCCAUUAUACACAGCGGUGCAACGGUCAACUUCUACCACAGUUACGAUAUGCUCCGAGCCGUCAACAUGAUCUCCACCUAUCAGCUUCUCGCUCUUGCCAGCAGUAGUCCGUCCUUAAAACAAUUCGUUUAUAUCUCCACAGCUCCAUGGGUUGAUGUGGACCAUUCAGACUUCGAUACAUCAGUGCUUCCACUUACGCUGAAAGUGUCAAAUGGAUAUGUUUGGACCAAGCUUGCUGCAGAACGAAUGUUGUUCCAGGCGGCUAUGUCGGAACAACGCGCUAGCUAUCACACUCUUAUCCUCAAGGCUGGCUUUAUCAUUGGCAAUGCUGAAUCCGGCAUAGCCAACGUGGACGACUUCCUCUGGCGUGUUGUUGCCGGCUGUGUAUCUAUCGGAUGUUUCCCUGAGGAGCCGGAUUCUAAUUUGAUUUAUAUAUCCUCCCUCGACGGUCUCGCCACCGCUGUGACUCAGACCAUAUACAGCAGCGAUCACACUGGUCUGUCAAAGUUGAGAUCACCCACAUUAUCGACAAGGCAAUUCUGGCAAGCAGUCAAUGCUGCCCUUCCCAACCCGUUGGUCGCCAGACCUGUAAAGGAAUGGCAAGCCGAGAUCUAUGCAAGGAUUGAAGAACUAGGGUCGCAGCAUCAAAUUUCCCCUGUGCUUCAUAUGGUUGCCCGCAGCGAUCAAAUACUCGGUCAGGUCCCCCACUUGAGUGACUGCCAGUCAUUGGAUUAUGAGUCUGGUCGUCAAGAAGAUUUGCUAGCGGCUGUUACCAGGAGCGUGCUGUAUCUGUUUGAUAUUGGAUAUUUUUCCAAACGGUGGACCACUCAAUUGAGUGACCAUGUUUUCACCGAUAUACAACUAGUUCAAGACGUGGUUCAGUUAUAUAUACGGGAGCCAAGAAGCGUUAUUCUUGCCAUUGUCUCCGCUAAGAACGAUUUUGCAAACCAGAUCGUCCUCCGUUUAGCGCGGGAAGCUGAUCCCUCCGGUAACCGGACAUUAGGCGUCAUCUCUAAACCUAAUACGCUAGUCCCAGGGUCUAAAAGCGAGGCUUCAUUUGUCAAGGAAGCUGUGGAUAGUACUUACAACGAACCCUUGUUCGGAGAUACAAAGACGAAUGAUGGGUGCCAGAAGCGCGUCCGAGCCGUCAUCCAGAAUCUGAAUCAGAAAUUCACGGAUAAUAUCUCUCAUUUUGGCCAUUUCCGUUGUGUCCUAGAAAGUGAAGAUCCCAGUUCAGUUUCCAAACGUCAGGUGGUUUUCAAGAGAGAAGAAUACAUUCAGCAUAUUGGAGACCUUCUCGAGAAGACCAGAGGUCGAGAGUUACCUGGUACCUUCAGUCCUUUGAUUGUUAAGGAUCUAUUCCAAGAACAAUGCGGCCCCUGGAAAGAUAUCACACACAGCCAUAUUACUGCCGCCUGGACAGCCGCAAGAGAGUUUCUUCAAUCCGCAGUUUUACAUGUGGCAGAUGAGGCUACCGCAAAGGCCUUAUUGAAAAUGGUAAUUUUGCCGGCUCUCGAGAAUCUACGAUAUGAAUUGGAGAAGGGAACCGAAGACCUUCUUAUGCCGCAUCAACGAGGUCAUCCCAUCACCUACAAUGAUUACUUCACCGAAACACUCCAAAAAACACGUGCUGAUCGGCAAAAAGAAUCCUUUCGGAAAGCCCUACAAUCGUACUUUAAAGUUGACACGCUUUCAACCUCUGAGCCUAUGCCAGCUACCAUCGAUCUCCAAGAGCUUUUAAACUCUCUUGUCCAGACCACUAUACCGGACAUGACACGUUUUGCGUCUGAGGAAGCACUUGACUGUAUGCUUGCCUACUACAAGGUCGCACUCAAGCGUUUCGUUGAUGACAUUGCCACUGAAGUAAUCGAAGUAAAGCUUCUGGAUUCAAUUACUGCAAUCUUUACACCCAUAACCGCAUUCGAGAUGUCCAAAGAUUUGAUCAGACAAAUUGCAGGUGAAUCUGGGGAGAGCCAAAGCAGACGGGAACAAUUAAACAAAAAGUUGUGGAUCCUCAGGAAAGGUGCGGAUACUUGCAAGAGAUUCGUUGGCAUCAGAGGCCUUGAGUCGAGCAAUGAAUUGCAAGCUAGCUCACAAAACAAUCGGGCUAUAGUUGAUGCUAUUGAUUCCGAACCAGUCGAUGGACAGUCCAUAUCAUCCAGCCAAGAUCUACCAGAGCAACCUGCCCAAGAUGAAUAUUAUUUGGAGGAUCCAAUAGAGCCGGAGCAGCUCUUAGAAGCCCCUACUUCACUGAAGGGUGGCAAUAGCAACAAAAAGAACAAAAAGGGAAGCCCUGGCUACAGAUAUAUCGAACUCCCUGUUUACUCGUAUACCCAAAAAUGA